AUGGCCAUCGUCGUCUUCGAAGCUGCGACCCGCGCCGCCGCCGAAGCCCACGCGGGCGCCGAGCACGAGCUCAUGAGCAUCGACGCGUUCGAGGCCAAGCCCGAGAACAGCGUGGCGUCGGUCGUCUACUUUGGCGGCGCGAGCCUGCCUGCCAUCUACCGCGUGCUCCAAGCCGGCGCCAGCGUCGAGGCGUAUGUUGCGCUUGACGGCAACGACUCGGAAGCGCAGAAGAAUGGUCUUCUGAUGCAACUUCUGCUGCAAGGCUUUGUCAACACGAACGUCGACGUGGCGGCGACGGGCCUGCGCCUCACGGGGACGAAGCCCGGCUUUACCGAGGGCGCGAGCGCUGCCGUCUUGAUCAAGCCGGUGCAAAAGUCCAAGUGGACAGUGGUGGCCGACGAAGACGACGACAUGAUUGACGAAGAUGACUUGCUCGACGACACGGACGAGGUGCUCAAGGCCGCCAAGAUGGACUGCGGGACUGGCAAGGACGGCAAGAAGCGCCGGUGCAAGGACUGCACAUGCGGGAUGAAGGAUGAGAACGACGAGCCGGCCAUGUCCGAGGUCGACCUGCAGCUCCUCGUCUCCAACUGCGGCAGCUGCUACAAGGGCGAUGCGUUCCGCUGCGGCAGCUGCCCCUUCUUGGGCCAACCCGCUUUCAAGCCCGGCAUGGGCAAGCUCGUCCUCAACCUCGACAACUCGGACGACAUUUAA